UUGCGUGAGUGAGUGACGUUUCUCGCUAAGUGUUUGCGCGAUCGCAGUUUUCUAUGAAUAUUCGCGCGUGGAAACGCGAACGGCUGGAGCAGCGUGUCUCGCGUGACCGUCCGCUUUAUCCGCGCGUAAGUUAGCUGUUCACACGGCCGGAGGUGGACGCGUUCCGCCUGCACGGCUCGUCUCGCCGCAUUUAGAGAGAGCCAAUAUUUUCCAAAAAUGGAUUUUCGAUGCAAAGCAUAGUUCGUCUCUGCGUUACGUCUCACCGAUGGAUGAAAACAUCUUAUUAAUGAGACGGAAACCGGAUAAAUUCUCACAUGAAUGCGCUUCAUUCAUCUUCGCAGAUUGAUAGAGCCUACUGUGCUGCCAUGCCAACGUACCACAAUGCGGGUGGCGUAUACCCGAAUGUGUCAGCGCCAGCGCGACAAGCGAAACUCGACGGCAAUCAAAAUCAUCACACUAUUCCUUCAAACGUAACAUCCCACUCCCUUAUACACAACAGCACCCAGCAGCACAGCGUUCCUUCCAACCUGACUGCAGGUAACAUUCCGUCCCACCCCGUGUCGCCGACGAUGACCACGCAUUCGAAUGUCACCACCCCCAACAUCACGACGCACGUGAACACCGCGUCGUCUCCGGUGAUCCUCACCUCGAACGCCAUUAAUUCAGGCGCCAACACCACCUCGUUGCCGGUCAAUCCGCGACACGAAGUGAAGCUGAGCGCGAUGCCAUGGUUCCAUGGAAAAAUAUCGAGGGAAACAGCGGAAAGGUUAUUACGACCGCGAGAGGACGGUCUGUUUCUCGUUCGGGAAUCGACCAAUUUCCCCGGGGACUACACACUGUGUGUGUGCUAUCAAGGACGCGUGCAGCAUUACAGGGUGAAAUAUAAAAACAAUCAAUUAACGAUCGAUGACGAGGAGUUCUUCGAGAAUCUGGCGCUCCUGGUCGAGCAUUACGAGCAAGACGCGGACGGUUUGUGUACGCAGCUAACGAAAUCUCUGCCAAAGCAGGGCAAGCAAGAUUUCUGUGUGGACCCGAAGGCCUUUGUCGAGGCCGGUUGGGUGAUUCAGACUCACGAGUUAGAAUUAAAAGAGUGCAUCGGAAAGGGAGAAUUCGGUGACGUGCUUUUAGGCGUCUACCGAGGAGAAAGGGUCGCGGUGAAAAUGCUGAAGGAUAACAGCGCGGCGGCGCAGAAGUUUCUCGCCGAAGCGAGCCUAAUGACCUCCCUGAUUCACGACAAUCUGGUUAAGUUACUCGGUCUCGUUUUUAAUAAUCAACAUAUAUAUCUAGUUACGGAAUAUAUGAGUAAAGGAUCUCUGGUGGACUACUUACGAUCGAGGGGGAGACUUCACGUUUCGAAGAAGGAUCAGAUUAACUUUGCAUACGAUACGUGUGCUGGUAUGGCGUAUCUGGAAUCCAGACACGUAGUGCAUCGGGAUUUAGCAGCGAGGAACGUUCUAGUGGCGGAGGACAACUCCGCCAAAGUAUCCGAUUUUGGUCUAGCGCGAGAUGAAAAUUUCGCCCUCGAAGGUGGAAAACUGCCAAUCAAAUGGACUGCACCAGAGGCUUUAAAGCAGAAUCCAAAGUUUUCAAAUAAGUCUGACAUGUGGAGCUUUGGAAUCCUUCUUUGGGAAAUCUACUCUUUUGGUCGCGUGCCGUACCCGCGAAUUCCUUUAGCCGAUGUUGUAAAGUGUGUAGAAAAAGGAUAUAAGUUGGAACCGCCAGACGGAUGUCCCUCGGAAGUUUACGAUAUUAUGAAACAGGCAUGGAAUUUACAACCAGAAAAAAGACCGACUUUUCACGAAGUUAAGUUGACACUUGGUCAAUUGAGAACCGAGUACACCAAAGCAGCGAAUUAGGAAGAAAAUUAAUACGGUUUAACUGCAGUAUUUAUAGAUUUUUCAUGGAGAAGAAGAAUUCUAUGUUUAUAUGUUGCGCGCUAAUAAGAAGUCCAUUUAAUUGAUUUAAAUUUAAGUUGACAUUCUGACUUGGAAUAAACAAUCGUUAAUAGCCUAACAUUGAAUAUUAUCAAGUGGCUUCAGUGCCUAAAUUAAAAAUGUGUUCUGAAAAGCAAAGAACUCCAAUUUUUAGAUAAUAGUUUUUGCUAUAAUUCUUUUGAGUAAGUAUAAGUGAAAGUUUUACAUAUGUGAGAUGCGCAAACGAAUGUCCGAAAAAGAAUUUAUUUUCAAUUCGAAUAUCAUUACUCCAGAAAGGACUAUAAACACUGUCUUCAAUGUGAAUUUAGCGGAAGCUGCACAGAGACGCUGACGCGUCUCUAUGAUUUCACGCUUUCAGAAUAAAAAUACUAAUUUGAAAUAUUUUUAUCAGAAAAAAGAAAAAAGAGAGACAGGACUUUUUGAUUGUUACAUACACGAAAACUUGUAUUCACUUUACUUAUGUUCAUUUUUAUUUUGUUUUAGUUUUUUUUUUUGAAAAAUGGAAAAAGUUCAAUGUUUAUAUAGCAAACUAUUUCAGACAAAACAUUACCUAUGGUCAAUCGUGCCUUUGCCCAAGUUGAUGUUCUCAAACGGGAAGUUCAACUUGCAUAUGAUGAAAUCCGAAUGAUAAUUCGGAAUAAAAUCAACAGAUUUAUAAGUACGAAAUCCGAUACACACACACACACAAUCGCCUACUUAACUUUUUAAUAGACAUAUUUAUUUGGAGUAUUUCACGGCGAUGAUAAAAAUGGCUUCGCGAUCAUCACACAAGUUUUUUAAGUGAUUCAAGUUUUUUUACAGCACAAAAAUGACAUACGCGCGUGUAUAAACUGCAUUACAUUUACGUAAUUUAUAAUAUACACAACGUAUAUGUUAUUCACAAUCUCUUGUCCAUUUAAUUUUAGAUUAUCAGCAAUUUAACCUUCGUUAAAGUUAUGUAAAAAAAAACUUUAUUAUUAUUUUUUUGCGCUAUUUUGUAUUGUUAUAAAUAUAAAAGGCUUUGAUAAUUAUAGAGUGCAAGUAUUUUCUUAGUUAUUUAAGUUCUUUGAUCAAAGAUUUGUUGUAGGAACUAUUAAUUUGUAACUAAAUUAUUGCUAUUAUAAACGCACACUCUCUCUUAUUUAAGUUGUUUCUUGAAAUAUUCAAAUACAUUAGUGGUGUAAAUGUAUCUUUCUCUCUCUCUCUCUCUUUCUCUCUCUCUCUCUCUCUCUGUAAAUAUUUUUGUAUAUAUUUAUCGAAAGAUAAUAUUUCGAGAAUAAUUGAUAUAUUGGUUGAGAGAUUUAACAACAAAAGUGUCUAUAUUUUUUUUAGAGUUAAGACUAACACGUAUUAGAAAAACGAAUGUUCAUACACACAAUUGCACCACGCCAAAAAAUAAUUGCUCCGUUUAUAUCAGUGACAUUUUGUGUAUUGAAUAGCGUAUUAUUUUCGCUAUAUUGUUGUAUAAUCUGAUUAAUUUUUUCAUACAAAGCUUUUGCCAAUAAUAACGGACUAAUCGUGACAACUUGACGAUCGUACGUUGCUGAGUAGUAGCUGAGCUACGGAAAAGAUCAAAUGAUAUUUAUUUAAGAAGAAUUAAAAAGCAAGAUCUGUAAAAAAACUGUAUAGGAGAUAGUAAAGAUCCUUCUAUUCGCAUAUAUAAAUAUUUAAAAAACCAUAGACAUAGAAGUAUACACUAGAAUUGCGAGGUAUAUUUGCUUCGCGACGCUACAUCGUGUGAAUUCGCGAAUCGAUGAAAAUAAGCGAACGAUCCUCUUUGAAGUUUCACGGAAACGAUGUGAACUCAAUGCUGUAAUGUAUGUAACAGCUUAACUUAAUAAAAUCGUGCGUGUACAUUUGUGUCAUUCGUGUGUAGAAUAAAAACACACAUUUGGAAGUCCAUUUUUUAUUUAUUUAUACAUUUUUUCGUAAUAUUAUAGUAUUAAUUCAGUAAAUCUUAAUAAGAAACGCAACUUUUUAUAUUACAUAUAAGGUAUCCACGAGGCAUCGACAUCGUUUCAUUUUUUUCUAGCGACGCCAUUGUUGACGGUCGCAAUUUCUAGUUUAUACUUAUAUGUCUAUGGAAAAAACAAAUGAAGAAAACAAUCACAAAUGAAAAAUAAUGCGUGUAUUAUUAAUUUGACACUAUUAUAUGACGAUUGUUUGGAAAGUGACACGGUCACUCAGUUCCUCAAAAAACGAAAUCUCAUAAUAUAUAUAUAUAAUUAUAUAUACAUAUAUAUAGAUAAUAAUUAUAUAUAUAUAUAUAUAUAUAUAGAAACAGAGAUUAAUGUAAGUCGUGACUGAUUAAUAUAAAUAUUUCUCACAAACACAAUAGGUUCGAUCUUUUCUUCCGCAAGGGUCUCUUCAGUCUGCAGUUAGAUAUAGUUUCUACAUAAGAAAUUUAGAUUGUACAUUUAUCUUAAAUAUAUACGACCCGUUUUUGUAACUUUGAUAUUUGCGGUAUGUAUUUUUGAGAUACACACGUAUCAAUAAUGUGUAUAUUAUUACGGCCCUAAUUAACAUGUACCCUGACUUGUGUUUUUCACCGUAAAGUUUGGAUAUUUGUACGUAGUUAUCGUGCAAUUUGCAUGUAUACUCUUCCAGACACAUAAAAAUGUUAUAUAUAUUACUAUUCUCUCUUUCAUGUGAAAAAUAUGCCAAUUUCAUCUCCAUUCUUGUAUCUCCGACACAUUUCGGAUAUAAUACAUUACCUUGUUAUUUAUUGAAGAGCAUUAUGUAUAGAACAGUGUGGCGUGACAUUGUUACUUAUUUUGAUAUGUAACACGGGGAUUCCCGUAGUUGCAAAUAUUAAUUUUGUACAACCAACCAGUGCGUUAAAUUCGUUUAUUUUCUAUUGAUAAUCGCUCGAUUAGAAUGUAAGAAAUCUAAUAUAUAUAUAUACAUAUAAACAUAUAUAUAUAUAUAUGAAAUAAUAAAUUAGAUCGCAAAAUCUCACACGCAAAAGAAGUAAACCAAUUUGAUUGUGUCUUCAUAUGGUAACUAAAUAACUACAGUGUUUAUACGAAGUGCAAAUGUAUGUGAAACAUGUGACAAACACUGUUUUUAUUCUCGAAACUCUCUCUCUUUUGUAGAGUCUGGACCGAGCAGUUUUAGAAAAAAAAAAACAUUGAAAAGUUUAUUGUCGUCCUGUUACUAUAUCGCAAUUCUAAAAAGUUUCUCAUUAGAUAGACAACUAUAGCGACGAGAAUAGCUCUCACUGGAGAAAGAUAAAAGUUAUUAAUAAAGGAAACAAAUUACACACCGUACACUCGA